AAACCAGAGGAAUAACGGCCCCAGUUUUAAAUAAUUACACACAAAUAGGCCAGCAAACAGUAACUAUUUAAAAAUGUUAAAACUAUAUAUCAGGAGUUUGUUACAGUUUACCGGUGCAUCUUUAGAAUAUUUUAAUUUUGUCCGGACAUCCCCGACCAACUUGGAUGGUUCCUAAAAUGGCGGCGGUAUCUGUCAGUGUGGAGUGAAACUUUCCCAUUUUAAGCGAAGAAUUUGUCAUUUUCUAACAUAUUUUUGUCGAGUGAAGUCGUCCGUUUGUUAAAGUAAGCAUUACCGGACUACAGAGGCGUUUGACAGUGAUCGUCAGGACCGAGCAGCGUCAUUCCGGGCUCUGUUUUUGAUCGCCAUAUCGCCGGGCUUCCCUCGAAGUUGACGGUGGCUAACGUUAAGUGGCUGACAUUGCUAUCGUACCGACUGUUGUUGUCAUCACAUAGCUCAACGCGGAACCGUCUGCUGAGAUUGGCCGUCGGCCGAGUAGCUAGUUAGCUCGCGGAUCAAGUACGUCGAAAGCGAGUCGGCGGCUUUUCGUUGAGCUGGGUGCCGUGUCCGCCAGUCAGUCGGAAUAGAGAGGUGGUGUUGGAUGUCACCACCAGUCCCUGUCAUCAGGCUCAAUCUGGUUUGCUAGCGUCAGGCAGCCAUCCUGGCAAAUCAAAUGGAGAAGCUCCAGGACUUGAGCCAAUCAGAGCUACAGGAGCUCCUGGACAACCCACAGAGGGUGGAGUCUAUGGCUCUGGAGUCUGACGAGAUCCAGAACAUCCAGCUGGAGAGAGAGAUGGCGUUGGCAUCCAACCGCAGCCUGGCUGAGCAGAACCUGGACGUGAAGCCUCGGCUGGAGGCGGAGAAAGAGGUGCUGGUGGAGAGAUAUUCUCAGCUAGAGUCCAUCAGAGAAACCUACAGACAACACUGCUCCCUUAAAGAUGGGAUGGUGGGUCAGAUGUCUCCAGAGGCAUUGUUCUCCAGACUACAGACAGAGGGCAGCAAAACAGAGGCAGAGUCAGAGACUCUAGCUGAUGAGUUUCUGGAGGGCUCUCUGCCAUUGGACUCCUUCCUGGAUCGCUUCCUCUCACUGCGCUCCCUAGCUCACAAAAGACGGGUGAGGAUAGAGAAACUCCAGGAGAUCCUACGACAGAGGAGCGAGGGCAAUCCUAACGCCAUGACAUCAUCAGCAGGCGUCAGCCAAGACCCCGCUGCCGCGCCCUCACCCUGGAAUCAACAGACAACAACAGCGACGACGACUAAUCCGCAGCAGCCAAUCUCCACAGCUCAGUCCUGCAGCUACCCCUCACAGCCGGCCUCCUCAUCUGCAGCGGGCCCCUCCGGCCUCCCCUACACCCCCUACCCUGUCUCCCCACCCAACCCUUCCCCUGCAGCUGCCGCAGGCUCCGGCACGGCCAACCCCCCGUCACACUUCCCUCCGUACCCAGGUUCCGGUUCACCUUUCACCCUAGCAGGGAGCUACUCUGGCCCCAGGCCUGCAUUCGGGCCUACAGCUUCAACCGCCUGCCCCUACCCCAGCCAGCCCUCCUUCCCUACCCCACACCCGGGCUCAGCAUUCGGCCAGUACACCCCAAGCCCCCCCCAGAGCGGUCCCGCACCCUACCCAGCCUCCUACAGCUACAGAGGCUACAGCUACCCGGCCGGGCCACCGUGUGCUGAUUCUCAGUCGCCAACAGGCAGACCCAUCUACAGACCAGGAUACGGAGUCCCACAGCCAUACUCAUGAAGGCACUACUACUCCUCUCUACUUCCUCUGUCUCAAUUCUUCCCUUCUUUGCUAUCUCACCCCUUUCUCUUCACUGCCUCCCUAAACUCCAGCCUCCUCCGCCCCAGGUCCCUCUCCUCCUCCGUCUUUUUACCUUUCUACCCUCCCUCUUCCUUUCUCCCAUGCUGAGAGGUCUCUCGCUUUACUUAUCUUUGUUGCACUAUUUCUCCCUUUCUCUAAAUAUCAGUCUGCUGAUCUCUCUGUCUUUCUUUCUUUCCUUCUCCCUCUCUCUGUCACCCUACGACCCAACGACUCCCCCACACUAGUCUCAGGUUGUUGUGUUGUGUUUAAGUGUUACAACACUUGUAUCUGGCCCUUCAUACACUCCCUCUCCAUCGCUCCCUCUUUCUUCCAUUUCUUGUGUGUGGGUGUGUGUUGCUAUUUGGCAAUCAGAAAGUCCUUAUAAACACACAAGUGCACUCCCCCUUAUGACAAAUACAUUAAAAAAAAAACAUUUAUACCACCACAUCAGUGUCCAAUAGCUGUCUGACCACAAUCUGUCUGGGUCACAUUGUUAUUCAUGAGCACAGUCUUCAUUAAGAAAAGCACCCUAAUGGAAGAUGUAUGUCCUGGGCUUCUUUCAUGACUC